ACGACAUCGACGCAAAAUGCCGAAAAAGGCCGAACACCCGAGUGUUGCCUUGUAAACAAGGUCGGGCACUGCAGUAGUUUCAAACGAAACUCUCUCUGGAUCGGGCUUAUUCUGACGGAAGAACCUGCCGUGACGCCUCGAAGGACCUGAAGACACAGACUCGGGUGAAAAGCGCGCCAUCCGUGCUGAAGGUCCUCUAGGAAGCCAACCUCCCUGCGAACAGGAGCCGACACGAUGAUGCAGUGCUUCCACUUCAUGCUGGAGCCGGCCAAAACCUUCACGGCCAAGAUAAAGGAAGCACACAAGCGGCCUAAGAAGGACAAGGGGGAACCGCUGGAAGAGGAUCAGCUGUUUGUGGUGGAGCUGGCUCGAGACCUCAGCCGGGUUUGCCAGAAGUCCAUGGUGCUGGAGCACAUCUGGAACCAGGACGACACCUGGCCCACUCCCCUCUGCAGGCUCUUCAUCCAGGACUGGGCCUCCAUGCUGGAGAGCAAGAAGAGGCGGAUGCAGACCGACGGCUGGCCGGAGACACAGCACCAACAGGCUGACCUCACUGGUGAACAGGCCAAAGGACUGGUUCAGGACUGGAUCAAGGACCUGAGAGCUCAGCCUGAGCAAAGCGUGUGGCCUGGAGAGGCUGUGGUGAAGGCCUUGGAGGACCUGAAGUCUGCCUGGCGCUGGGGUCGCCUGCCCAAUCUGCUGACCGCCAUGGAGCUGCUCAUGUGGACUCUGGUGAUGCAGAGUCCAGAUAAGGAGACGGUUCCUCAGCAGUGGCUCCUGUGGAAGCAGAGGAAGCAAGCCAUCGGUUCCAUUUCUUACAUUCCGCAGCCAGUGUGGGACUGGAUCUCGGAUGCAGCAGUGGAGGUGACUCUGGAUUUGGACACCGCGAACCCAGAUCUGCUCAUCCUGGGAGACGACAAGAGGAUGCGCUGUGGUUUUGAGAGAAAAGACAUUCCCAACUACCACCAGCGUUUCGACGCCUGGUGGUGCGCCGUGGGAGUGCAGGGCUUCAGCUCCGGCCGCCAGUACUGGGAGGUGGAGGUCGGCGAGCGAGACUGGCGACUGGGCGUGGCCAAAGAGUCGGCGCUGAGAAAGGGAUUCAAGUCGCUGAACACAGACACCGGGUACCUGACGCUGCGGCUGGAGCGGGGCACCGAGCUGAAGGCCCUCACUGUUCCCUUCACCGCCCUGCCGCCAGGUCUCAUCCCCCGCAGGGUGGGCGUCUACUUGGACUUUGACCAGGGUCAGCUGUCUUUCUACGACGUGGACAAGCGGCUCCACAUCUACACCUACAAUGAGCAAUUCACAGAGAAGCAGUUCCCGCUUUUCGGAACAGUGGAGAUCCUGAAGGAUCUGGUGAUCACCUCACCCACUGCUAAGCCCCAGUGUUUGUGCCCCCCGUCCUGCCUCUGGGGUUAAACAUGCUUUAGUUAUCAUAGCAAAGUUACACAAACCAGGUUAUGUGAUAAUCUGUGUGAGGAAUCCUGCUUCAGUCAGCACCCUGCUAUCAAAUAGCUCCUCCAUGUGAGCGGCCGAUACUGCUACUGCUUUAUUGUGAUCGCUGCGCACCAGUCCCCACAGCUGUCUUGUUACCGCAACACUCCAGGCUCCAGGCAAUAUCAGUCGCCAAUAAAGGGAUAU